AUGAUUGUAUCCCAAGUCAAGGAGACCCAUGGAGCAAGGAGGAACAAGUUAGACUUGUAUACAACUAGAAAUGACAUGGUUUCUCUUAAAGAUAAAUCAUUCUGGAGAAUACCUUUAUUUGAUGAAAUUCGAAUGGAAAAAAGAAGACAUGAAUGCACCUUGAAGCUCGCCAAGUUCUUAAUAGAGAGAGAUGUCUCAUGGAAGGAGACAUUCACUGAAACAGUCCACGUGAAGCCUAAGACGCAUGGCAUCAUAGAGAUUGUUGAGGAGAUAAUUAAAGUUUAUCCUCAAGCAGUUGAGUAUAUUGAUUACGAAGGGCAUGGCAUUUUGCACGGAGCUGUCAAGUAUCGCAAGAUGGAUAUUUUCCAUCUUUUAUUGAAGAAAAUGAAACAACCAAUGACGUUACAUACGAGAAAAUUGGACAGGAAAGGAAACUCCCUCUUGCACUUGGUAGGGAUCAGGGUAGACACCGAGACAGUUGAAAAAAUGGGAAGCCCUCUUGUAGUGUUGCAAGAAGACUUGGUCCGUUUAGAGAGCAUAAAGCAGAUUACAAACUAUCUUAUCAACCACCGGAACAAUGAUGGGAAGACUGCAGAUGAACUCUUUGCCGAGACAUACAAAGAUCUUCGUAUAAAUGCCACUGAUUGGCUUAAGCGAACUGCGGAAAAUUGCUCUAUUGUUGGCGUGCUAAUUGCCACCGUGGCAUUUGCUGCGGCCUACACUGUACCAGGUGGUCUGAAUCAAGAAACUGGCUAUCCAAUUCUCCAACACAAGAAAUUCUUCGUAAUUUUCACCUUUACAGAUGUUUUGUCCCUCGCCUUUGCCUUAACAUCAGUUAUCACAUUUCUCUCCAUUCUUACUUCGCCCUUCCGGUUAAAGGACUUCAUGUCUCCCCUUCCUCAGAAGCUCGUGUUGGGGUGA